AACUAGCACUCAUGAAGCAGCAUCAGUUUCCUCUUUCUGCUGUGACCAUGGGGUCGUAACACUUGGGCACUUUACAGUUCUCUGUGUUGUUGCUUUUAAACAAUAGCCUAAAAACACAUCCCUACUCCUGUCAGAAACCUUCGUUUAUAUGGAUUCGCUGUAAAAUAUUUCUUAAAAGUUAACAGAGUCGCUUAUUUUUUUGUUCGCCAAAAUGCCUGAGCUCAUAUCUGUGGAGGAGUUUAUCGCGGAGACUCUGGAGGACUACAGUUCUCCCACCACAUCAUCUUUCAUCACAAAAAUGACAAGCUGCCGGAAUACAGUCAACAACAUCGAGGAGGCUCUGGAUUGUGACCGGAUGGUGUUGCAGAAAAUGAAGAAGGCUGCCAAAGCCAAGCAUGCCUCAGGUCAAGACCACAUAACACAUCUGGAGCUGUACAUCAACUCCAUGGAGAAGCUGGCUGUAAAUUUCCGGAAUAAUGGAGAGCAGGAAGUGGCCUCUGCCUUUAAUAAGUUUGCUGAGUUCUCCAAAGAGCUGUUGACACCGGUGAAGAACUUGUUAAAGAGCAUGCUGCACAACAUCAACUUCUUCCUGGACUCACUGGUAAAAGGGGAUUUGAAAGAGGUUAAAGGUGACCUGAAGAAGCCGUUUGAUAAAGCUUGGAGGGAUUAUGAGAAUAAAUUCACUAAGAUAGAGAAAGAGAAGCGUGAGCUGGCGAAGCAGUAUGGGAUGGUGAGAACGGAAGUGAGUGGAGGAGAGAUCGCAGAAGAGCUGGAGAAAGAACGCAGGAUGUUCCAACUACAGAUGUGUGAGUACCUCAUCAAAGUGAAUGAAAUAAAAACCAAGAAAGGUGUGGACCUGCUGCAGAAUCUCAUCAAGCACUACCACUCUCAGUGCAAUUUCUUUCAGGAGUGUCUGGCUGCCACUGAGAAGCUGAAGCAGUACAUUGAUGUUCUAACUGGAGGACUCAGUGCUAUUAAGCACAGGCAGGAUGAAGAGAAGAGGCAACUCUGUUCUCUGCGGGACCAGCUGAAACCUGCCCUACAACCUGAGCUUAAAGAGGAUUCUUUAAGCAGACAGACCGUGUACAGCAUGCACCAGCUUCAAGGAAACAAGCAAUACGGCACAGAGAAAUCAGGCUACCUCUACAAGAAGAGUGACGGGCUGAGGAAGAUGUGGCAGAAGAGGAAGUGCAGCGUGCACAACUGCUAUCUCACAAUCGCUCAUGGAACUCCUAAUAAACCUCCAGCCAAACUGAACCUCCUCACCUGCCAGGUCAAACCCAGUCUUGAGGACAAAAAAUGCUUCGACCUCAUCUCACAUAACCGUACGUAUCACUUUCUGGCUGAAGAUGAGCCUGACUGUGUGGCGUGGAUCUCUGUGCUGACUAACAGUAAGCAGGAGGCUCUGAAUGUGGCUCUGGAUGAGCGCAAGACGGGUGGUGAGAGCAGUGUGGAGGAUUUAACCCGCUCCAUCACCGAGGAUAUCCUCCGAAUGCCGGGGAAUAACGUGUGCUGUGACUGCAGAGCUCCAGAUCCUACAUGGAUUUCCACCAAUCUGGGCAUUCUGACAUGUAUUGAGUGUUCAGGGAUCCAUCGGGAGAUGGGCGUCCAUCACUCACGCAUUCAGUCCCUUUCACUGGACAAACUGGGCACUUCUGAAUUGCUGUUGGCGAGGAAUGUGGGGAACUCAGGGUUUAAUGAAAUUGUUGAGGCCAGCCUCCCCAGUCCGUCUCUGAAACCAUCUGCAGAAAGUGACAUGACGGAACGUAAAGAUUUUAUCUUAGCGAAGUAUCUGGAGUUUCAGUUUGCUCAGCGUAGCGGCAGUUCUCCAGACACACUGCGACGCCGGCUGCAGGAGGCCGUGCACAGCCGGGACAUUUUCAGCCUGCUACAGCUUUACGCUGAAAAACUGGAACUGAGCCUGCCACUGCCUGGCCUGCUUCAGGAAAAGCGGGAGACAGCACUACACCUUGCUGUUUUAUUGGCUGACCGGACCUCCCUACACAUGGUGGACUUCCUGGUACACAACUGUAAUAAUCUGGAUGCGCAGACAGUGCGGGGGAACACUACACUGCAUUACUGCUGCCUGCACAAUAAAACUGAGUGCCUUAAGCUCCUGCUGAGGGCCAAGGCCAACACACAUAUCAAAAACGAAAACGGAGAGACUGCUCUGGACAUCGCUAGAAGACUGAAGCAUACGCACUGUGAAGAACUGAUCCAGCAAUCUCAGAACAAUCAGUUUAACAUGCACAUCCAUGUGGAGUAUGAGUGGAGACUGCGGCAGGACGAUUUGUAUGAAAGUGACGAUGAGCUGGAAGACAAGUCAGGUCCAGUGAAGAAGGACCGGUCAAGUAGGCCUUUCAGCCUUUACCACAGCGGAUCUCAGGAACGUGGUGCGGGGGGUAUAUUCAGCGUGGGCCGCCGGCUUGCUCUGGGGCGAGGCGAACACAAACGAGAAGCAUACUGUAGCCCCAGUCCUCAGACACGCAGCCUGGACAGUCCCCCACCUCCCCCACCAUCAUCUCCCGCACCACCACUACCACCUAGAGCCCGUGCUCCGAAUGUUCCUCCCCCUCCUCCCCCGGUCAGUCCCCCGGAUGGGUGGACAGAGGCCAGCUUCAGUAAGAAGAGAACUCCUCCUCCUCCGCUGGUGAUUCGACACAAGCGGACGUAUUCUGAGCCGUCUCCUCAGGUUCCUCUCAGUCCACAUGGAGGCUCACGGCCAGGACAUGCUGAUUAUGGAGUCCCGGCGAGUCCUCGAGGCUUCAGCAGUCACGAUUCAUCUGUUCAAAAGUGUGUCUCAGGGUCACCCAAGUACACCAUGACAGCACUAAACUCUCUGUCUGAGCUGCCUGAGCGAGGUGAGCACACCAGGCCUUCAUUCAUUUCUGGUUUUCGAGCAGAUGGGGAGGGCAGCAGUUGCCACUUCCUGUAUCAGACUCCACAGUCUAGCAGUUCAGGCCGUCAUGCCCAGGCCCUGUCCCCCACUUCCCCUAGAUCCUUUAGCCUGGACUCCAACGGAAGCUCUGCAUCUUCCUGCCCCAGCGCCCCACACCCACUACCCAGACGCACUAUGAUAAAGCCAAAGCUGAAGAGAGUGAAGGCCAUGUAUGACUGUGUGGCUGAUCACCAUGAUGAGCUCACAUUCAAUGAGGGAGAGGUACUGGUGGUUCUGGCAGAAGAAGACGCUGAUUGGUGGCACGGCUACAUUGAGGGACAGCCAGACAAGAAAGGCCUGUUUCCAGCCUCUUUCGUCUCAUUACUGUCCCAGUGAAGCCGGACAAAGGAGUUCGAGACCAAGUGGAAGACGGUGGAAGCAGUCAGAGAAAGAAGUGUGAGACGUCUUCUGCUCUUCUGGUCACAUUAUGAAUAAUCAGUGUUACAAAGCAAUGCAGUGGACACAGAGAGCUUUACAACACAGAGCAAGUCUUCACAACAUCUGUAACAGUCAGUGGUUGUUCAGGCCCUUCAGACACAAGAGAGCUGAGUAUCUGUCAUCAUGUACACUCUUAAAAAAUAAAGUUUCUAAAUAGAGUCCUUUGGAGCAGCGCUAUAGAACAAUGGUGGCAGAUCUUCACUGCGAAGAGGUCGUGUGGCUGCAGGCUUUCAUUCCACCCAAGCUGUUGUUGCUUCUGAUCAGCUAACACCAGCCAUUUGCAGAUAAGACUGGUAGAGGAACCACUUUUGGUUCCCUAAAUAACCUUUCAGUGGAUGCUUCUUUAAAGAGUCCCGUGCAAAGGUUCUAUACCGAUUAAAGGUUUCUCAUAGAACUGUACAUUAACCAUUAGAACCAUUUAAGGAGUGUACAUUAGGGCUAGCACAAUAUGGACAAAAUACCAGAGUUAUGAUUAUAUUGCUACAUAUUGCAGAUACACCUUGCAAUAUAUUAAAAACAUUAGGGAAUUAUGGUGAAAGAUUAGUUUGCAUUAUUUUGGUCUAAAUAAUUUACUUUUGUUAAAUUACAUAAAUACCUUAAUUCCUCAAAACUCCCACAGAAUCACUCACCUGGAACAGUGAUUGGUCAAGAUACUCACAGUAAAAAAACAAUGGGCCUCAUUUACCAGCCGUUAGCAAGAAAUUUCUUCUUAAAACACCACCUCUGCAGUUUUCAGGAAGAUUCUGACAUUCGCCAGUGUUUUCUUAUUUGGGAUUUGAUCUUAGGUAAGAACAGAAUCCACACACACUCAAGAGCACAAAGGUGCAAACAGUUCUUAACUAGGAACACAUUAUAAAUCUGAUGUAGACUUUUUCUUAGGACCUUUCUCAAGAACAAAUUUAAGAAGAAACUUAGGAAGAUAUUGGUGAAUGAGACACAAUAUGAUUGGUUGAGUCUCAUUUGCAUAUAGCAACCCUCUGUGAUGUUAUCAUGUACUAAUAUCGCAGUAAUAAUUAACAAGCAAUAUAUAUAAUUGUGCAGCCCUAAUGUCUGAGAUAGAAGUGUUAAGACAACACAUAAGAUGCGUAUAUCAUAUCCCAAGUCUAGUUGGUAUCAAAAUGUUCAAGUCUAGGGAAAAAGGAAAGACAAGUAAAUGUUAACACUGCCAAGUGAAGUUGGUUUAAUUGCAUUAUUAAACAGGAAUGCCACAGAUUUUUCUAAAUUUCUAGAUCAUUUGGGUUAGAGAAGAUAAAAAAAGAGGUUUUAUGUGAAGUGCUCCAUUCUAGUGAAACUGUGUUGUUUACAGUGGUGGUGAUAUGAACCAGAUGUCUGACGUGUUCAAUACCUAUAAAACUACCUCAGAAAGCUAUUACAUGAAAUAGUUAAGAAUUCACUGCCUGAUAACUGAGACACUGUUUUAUAUAGUUUAAAAGUAAGGCUUUGGCCUAAACUAUAGUUUUUAAAAUCUAUUCAGGGUGGAAAAGUAUGUGCAGAACGCUGUAAGGCAAAA